AUGCUGUCGUGCAUGUCGACGGCGCUGGCGGGGCUGCUGCUGCUGCCGCUGCUGGUGAGCCUGGCGUGCUCCUACUUCUUCCAGGACCUGGGCUUCUUCCUGCGCCUGGUGCAGGUCUCGCAGCGGGCCCGCCGGGCCGGGGCCCGCGUCCCGCCGCGCACUCUGCUGGAGGUCUUCCGCCGGCGGGCAAGGCGCACGCCGGGCAAGGCGCUGCUGCUCUACCGGGACGAGGUGCACACCUACGAGCAGGUGGACCGGCGCAGCAACCAGGCGGCGCGAGCCCUGCGGGAGGGCGCCGGCUUGCGGCAGGGCGACGCCGCGGCCCUCUUCCUGGGCAACCAGCCGGCCUACGUCUGGCUGUGGCUGGGCUGCGCCAAGCUGGGCUGCUCGCUGGCCUGCCUCAACUGCAACAUCCGCGCCCGGUCCUUGGUGCAUUGCUUCCAGUGCAGCGGCGCCAAGGUGCUCCUGGCCGACCCAGAACUAAAAACAGCUAUUGAAGAAGUCCUGCCAACCCUGAAGGAAGAAAAUGUGGCUGUUUAUUACUUAAGUAGGACCUCUGACACUGAGGGAGUCGACAGUUUCCUUGACAAAGUGGAUGCUUCGUCAGAUGAACCUAUCCCGCCAUCUUGGAGAUCAAAUGUCACUUUUAAAAGUCCUGCUUUGUAUAUUUAUACUUCUGGAACCACAGGUCUUCCCAAAGCUGCACUGAUUACCCACGAGCGCACUCUGUUAGCUUGUGGACUGAUUAUUGCCAGUGGUGUUACAUCUGAGGAUAUCAUCUAUACUGCUCUGCCAUUGUAUCACAGUGCUGCCCUCUUGAUAGGUGUACACGGCUGCAUCAUGCAAGGUGCCACUCUUGCACUGCGUUCUAAAUUUUCUGCUUCACAAUUUUGGGACGACUGCAGGAAAUACAACGUCACUGUCAUACAGUAUAUUGGCGAAGUGCUUCGGUAUCUGUGCAAUGUACCCAAGAAAGACAGUGACCGUGAUCAUAGAGUAAGGAUCGCCUUAGGUAAUGGCUUGAGAGCAGAUGUUUGGAGGGAAUUUAUCAGAAGGUUUGGAAACAUCCGCAUCUAUGAAUUCUAUGCUGCAACUGAAGGAAAUGUUGGAUUUGUGAAUUAUACUGGGAAAAUAGGAGCUGUAGGAAGAUUAAACUACUUCCAUAAGAAAAUAAUGUGCUACGAAGUGAUUAAAUACGACGUAGAGAAAGAUGAACCGGUCCGUGAUGAAAAUGGCUACUGUAUCAAAGUUCCCAGAGGUGAAGUGGGACUCUUGGUGUGCAAAAUCACACGCUUUGCUCCAUUUAGUGGCUAUGUGGGGGCAAAAAGCCAGACGGAAAAGAAGAAGUUAAGAGAUGUCUUCCAGAAAGGGGACGUGUACUUCAACAGUGGGGAUCUUCUAAUGAUUGAUCACGACAAUUUCAUUUAUUUCCAUGACAGAGUUGGAGACACAUUUCGAUGGAAAGGAGAAAAUGUAGCUACAACAGAAGUGGCUGAUAUUUUAGGACUACUGGAAUUUAUCGAGGAAGUGAAUGUUUACGGCGUACCUGUGCCAGGUCACGAGGGCAGAAUAGGAAUGGCAUCCAUUCGACUAAAGGAGGGCUGCGAGUUUGCUGGAGGUCGGAUCUAUCGGCAUAUUGCAGACUUCUUGCCAACAUACGCAAGGCCUUAUUUUGUGAGGAUUCAGGAUGCCAUUGAAAUUACAGGAACAUUUAAAUACCGGAAGGUGCAGUUAGCCGAAGAGGGAUUCAACCCAGAGGUUAUUAAGGACGCCAUGUAUUUCCUGGAGGACAAAGAAAAGUCAUAUGUGCCCCUGACCACGGACAUUUAUAACUCAAUAUGUAACAAUAGCCGGAAACUAUAA